CGCUGGGCCACAGAGACGAUGCCAGCGGAAGCCUAGAGAGACCGCUAAGAGACUGGAAGGGACCCGAGGCUUCCGCCCAGCGGAGAGGCAAGAUGGCUACGGCUAGGGGCGGCUCUGGGCCUGACCCAGGAAGUCGGGGUCUCCUUCUUCUGUCUUUUUCCGUGGUACUAGCAGGAUUGUGUGGGGGAAACUCAGUGGAGAGGAAGAUCUACAUUCCCUUAAAUAAAACAGCUCCUUGUGUCCGCCUGCUCAAUGCCACUCAUCAGAUUGGCUGCCAGUCUUCAAUUAGUGGGGAUACAGGGGUUAUCCACGUAGUGGAGAAAGAAGACGACCUGAAAUGGGUAUUGACGGAUGGCCCCAACCCCCCUUACAUGGUUCUGCUGGAGGGCAAGCUCUUUACCAGAGAUAUAAUGGAAAAGCUGAAGGGGGAAACCAGUAGAAUCGCUGGUCUUGCCGUGACUCUAGCCAAGCCCAAUUCAACGUCAAGCUUCUCUCCUAGCGUGCAGUGCCCAAAUGAUGGGUUUGGUAUUUACUCCAACUCCUAUGGGCCAGAGUUUGCUCACUGCAAAAAAACAUUGUGGAAUGAACUGGGCAAUGGCUUGGCUUAUGACGACUUCAGUUUCCCCAUCUUUCUUCUUGAAGAUGAGAACGAAACCAAGGUCAUCAAGCAGUGCUAUCAAGAUCACAACCUGGGUCAGAAUGGCUCUGCACCGAGCUUCCCACUGUGUGCUAUGCAGCUCUUCUCACACAUGCACGCCGUCAUCAGCACCGCCACCUGCAUGCGACGCAGCUUCAUCCAGAGCACCUUCAGCAUCAACCCAGAAAUCGUCUGUGACCCCUUAUCCGACUACAACGUAUGGAGCAUGCUUAAGCCUAUAAAUACGUCUGGGGGAUUAGAACCUGAUGUCAGGGUUGUGGUUGCAGCCACACGGCUGGAUAGCCGGUCCUUCUUCUGGAAUGUGGCCCCAGGGGCAGAAAGUGCCGUUGCCUCCUUUGUCACUCAGCUGGCCGCAGCUGAAGCUUUGCACAAGGCACCUGAUGUGACCACCCUACCCCGAAAUGUGAUGUUUGUCUUCUUCCAGGGGGAAACUUUUGACUACAUUGGCAGCUCAAGGAUGGUCUAUGACAUGGAGAACGGCAAGUUUCCUGUGCGGCUAGAGAACAUUGACUCCUUUGUGGAGCUGGGGCAGGUGGCCCUAAGGACGUCACUAGAACUCUGGAUGCACACAGAUCCUAUGUCUCAGAAAAAUGAAUCUGUGAAGAACCAGGUGGAGGAUCUUCUGGUCACUCUGGAGCAGAGUGGUGCUGAUACCCCUCAAGUUGUCCUGAGCAGACUAGUCCAGUCCCAGGCCCUUCCACCAUCAUCUCUACAACGAUUUCUUCGGGCUCGAAACAUCUCUGGUGUGGUCUUGGCUGACCACUCUGGUUCCUUCCACAAUCGGUAUUACCAGAGCAUUUAUGACACUGCUGAGAACAUUAACGUGACCUAUCCUGAGUCGCAGAGCCCAGAAGAGGACCUCAACUUUGUAACAGACACUGCCAAGGCACUGGCAGAUGUUGCCACAGUGCUGGCACGAGCUUUGUACAAGCUUGCAGGAGGAACCAACUUCAACAACUCCAUUCAGGCUGAUCCCCAGACAGUUACACGUCUGCUCUAUGGGUUCCUGGUCAGAGCUAACAACUCAUGGUUUCAGUCUAUCCUCAGACAUGAUCUGAGGUCCUAUUUGGAUGAUGGGCCUCUUCAACACUACAUCGCUGUCUCCAGCCCUACCAACACGACUUACGUUGUGCAGUAUGCCUUGGCAAACCUGACUGGCAAGGUGACCAACCUCACCCAAGAGCAGUGCCAGGAUCCAAGUAAAGUCCCAAAUGAAAGCAAGGAUUUGUAUGAAUACUCGUGGGUACAAGGCCCUUGGAAUUCCAACAAGACAGAGCGGCUCCCACGGUGUGUGCGCUCCACAGUACGACUGGCUAGGGCCUUGUCCCCCGCCUUUGAGCUGAGUCAGUGGAGCUCCACAGAAUACUCUACGUGGGCCGAGAGCCGCUGGAAAGAUAUCCAAGCUCGGAUAUUCCUCAUUGCCAGCAAAGAACUUGAGUUCAUCACGCUGAUCGUGGGCUUCAGCAUCCUCGUCUUUUCUCUCAUCGUCACUUAUUGUAUCAACGCCAAGGCCGAUGUCCUUUUCGUUGCUCCCCGAGAGCCAGGAGCUGUGUCUUACUGAAGAGGACUCCAGCUCUCCCUGCCAGCUCUGAACUUUCCUUCCCAAACCAGGUGUCUGACUGGGAACAAACCACUAAUUUGUCACUGGACUGUCUCUGGGCCUGCUUAGACUGGGAUUGACAGGUAGAUGGAAAUGUGAGUGGAGAGAUAACUAAGUUGCCUCCCCUUCUCAGCCCCCCUUUCCCAUUCGUUUUUCCUUCUCUAAUACCAGGGAUUACGACAGAGGCCUGCUGCUCCUGUCUAACUCCCAGUUACCCUCUCCCAUCAGCCCUUUCUCGGGAUUCCUCCUGUCUUUCAUCCUGCCCUGUACUGCCCUCUGACCCCACUGUCACCCGACCCCCACAGCCUCCUGUGUUCAGCCACCUGCUGCACCAGGAAGAGGGUGUGAAAGAUUGGGCAUCGGCAUCCAAGCACCCUGAACCUGAGGGAAGGAAUGGGUUCCCUGGCUGAGCCAGUGUCUCUUUCUCACUGUCCUUUCUCCAGGCGUGCAGAUGGCAUGUUAGUGUGGGCAUGCUGUUAGGUGGGUAUCCCACCUCCAGCCCACAGUGCUCGGAUGUACUUUUUAUUAUUAAACUAUAAUAUCUAUUUUUGUUGGGCUUUUUCUUUUUUUUCUUUUUUUUCUUUUUUUUGUAAAUAUAUAAAUAGCAAGUUUCAUUAAAAUUAUCCAAUACAA